AUGGCGGAGGCCUCGGAGCCCGGGAGGCCAGAGUCCCCCGGCAGCGGGAGCCUGGAGGAGGACGAGGAGGAUGAGGAGCGGGAGCCGCUGCUGCCGCGGAUCGCCUGGGCCCAGCGGCGGAAGGUCGCUCCGGGGGGCGCCGUGAGGCUGGAGACGGCUGCCGGGGAGGAAGGUGCGGCCUCCCCUAGCCAGGCCAGCGACCGGGAACUGCUGCUUCUGCCCCUGGACGCGUCUUUUUCCUCCUCCCCGGGCUUGGGGCGCCAGCGGAGCUCGCCCACCAAUCUGGACCGGAACCGCCCCGUGGGCUCAGAGUUGAACACAUUUUUGGAUGAUCCAGAAUUUGCUGAUAUUAUAUUGAAAGCGGAGCAAGCAAUAGAAUUUGAAGUUUAUCCAGAAAGAAUCUCUCAAGGUUCAAGUGGAAGUUACUUUGUGAAGGAUCCUAAGAGGAAAAUUAUUGGUGUGUUUAAACCCAAAUCAGAAGAGCCUUAUGGUCACCUGAAUCCGAAAUGGACCAAAUACGUUCACAAGGUCUGCUGCCCUUGCUGCUUUGGCAGGGGCUGCCUGCUUCCUAACCAGGGAUACCUUUCCGAAGCUGGUGCCUACCUUGUGGACGAAAAGCUUCAUCUGGGCAUUGUACCAAAAACAAGAGUGGUUUGGCUUGUCAGUGAGACGUUUAACUACAGUGCAAUUGACCGUGCAAAAUCUAGAGGCAAAAAGUAUGCUUUGGAGAAAGUGCCAAAAGUAGGUAGAAAAUUUCAUCGGAUAGGACUUCCUCCUAAGAUUGGUUCCUUUCAGUUAUUUGUUGAAGGUUACAAGGAGGCUGAAUGUUGGCUUAGGAAAUUUGAAGCUGACCCUUUGCCUGAGAAUAUUAGAAAACAGUUUCAGUCACAGUUUGAAAGAUUAGUUGUUCUGGAUUACAUCAUCAGAAAUACAGACAGGGGAAAUGAUAACUGGUUAAUCAGAUGUGAAAAGCAGACACAUGAAGAUGAAGUUACGGAUACAAAAUGGACUGAUGAUAAAGAAACACUUAUUAAAAUAGCUGCAAUUGAUAACGGUCUAGCGUUUCCUUUUAAACAUCCUGAUGAGUGGAGAGCAUAUCCAUUUCACUGGGCUUGGCUUCCUCAAGCAAAAGUUCCUUUUUCUGAAGAAAUAAAAAACUUGGUUCUGCCAUAUAUUUCAGACAUGAACUUUGUGCAAGAUUUAUGUGAAGAUCUUUAUGAACUUUUUAAGAUUGACAGAAAAUUUGACAAAGCCACUUUUGAAAAGCAGAUGUCUGUGAUGAGGGGUCAGAUCUUAAACCUCACUCAGGCACUGAGAGACAGGAAGAGUCCUGUCCAGCUGGUGCAGAUGCCUUGUGUGGUCGUGGAGCGCAGUCAGGGCGGAGGGCAGGGCCGGGUCGUCCACCUCAGCAAUUCAUUCACCCAGACUGUCCACUGCAGGAAGCCAUUCUUUUCCUCCUGGUAG